AAACAGCAGAAGAAGAAAUCGCGGAAGUAAGGUUUCCAAACAGAAUCCCGUUGGAAGUGAAUAAAAGAUUCGAUCACCUUCUUUGAUCAUUAAAUCAUCGAUAUUGGACUGAUCAGUUCCCAAUAAGACGAUGGGCACCAGAGACGAUGAGUAUGAUUAUCUGUUCAAAGGUAAAUGAGUUUAAAUGUCUGUUAGCUAAGAGGCUAAAGCUAACCGUCAGUCUUUGUGCUUUUAUGGUUUUUUAAAUGUUUUUAUUUUAAUUUUCAGUUUAAAGUUUAAUAUUUUCAGACAGUUUGACUGUAAAGAAGAGUUAAAAAGACCCUCCUCUGUCCUCUGAGAGAAGAUUAUCUCUGUUUUUGUCCUUUUAUUUUAUAAUAAUGAAGAAAAACACUAAAGCUAACGUUAGCCGUUAGCUCAGGGUUAGCCUGUGGGCCGGACACACCUAACCGGAACCGGGACCCGGUUCUUCACACAGACCCGGUCCGUUAGAGUCAGCAGGCACAGAAAAAAAGAGGAAAAUAAAGAAAAACAGACUUGAAAGAGUCUCUGAGUGUUUUCAUGUUUAUCUGGGUUUAAGAAAGAAACUGAGGAGACGAGAGAACCGGGUCAGACUGGACUCUAAAGAGGACCGGGUCAGACUGGACUCUAAAGAGGACCGGGUCAGACUGGACUCUGACAGUCUGGACUAAUUUACAGUUUGAUUCUUGAUGAGAAGAAACUGGUUUUCAGAACAGUUCUGGUUCUGUGUUCAGGGUCUGAGGUCAGUCCACUGACAGAGACCGGGUCUACAGAGACCGGGUCUACAGUCCUAAUGACAUAGACUGGGUCUACCUGUAGACCAGAAACCGCAGACGUCCCUGUUAAUCCUUGGUGUAGGGCUGGGCGAUAAAACGAUAACGAUAUCCAAGAUUAAUUUCCUUCAAUAUCGAUAUCAAACAUGAUCAAUAUCCUUUUCAAUAGUCGUCAUUCUGACAUGUUUUGGUCGACUAUACGAACAGCCAAUAAAAAGGGGAGUUUCUCCGGGUCUGAACCAAUCAUGUUCUGAGUCAGAACCAAGUAUCAACCAACAGACAGCAGCUCCACCCAACCAUAGCACUUUAACAGGUGAAGCCGACAGCACUGUUGGUGAGAAACAAAGAAAAUGAGUGCUACCCCCGACAGAAAUGACCAUGAAGGCUCAACAGAUGACCACAUCAAUGUCAACCACAACACUGGCGUUAGGAAAACGUCGGUGGUGUGGAGGUAUUUUGGUUUUUGGAGGUCGGACAUGAAGCAGAGUAAUGUGGACUGUAAAUUAUGUCGAGUACAUGUUCUCACAAAGUCGGGGAAUACCUCAAAUCUUUUUCACCACCUGAAGCAGCGCCACGCCGCAGAGCACGCGCAACGCAGAAGGUUACAAACCCCGAGAGGUGUAGCUGCUGUCUGCUACCACUUUGCAGUUGGUUGAUACUUGGUUCUAAUUCAGAACAUGAUUGGUUCAGACCCGGAGAAACUCCCCUUUUUAUUGGCUGUUCGUAUAGUCGACCAAAACAUGUCAGAAUGACGACUAUUGAGAAGGAUAUUGAUCGUGUUUUAUAUCGAUAUCGGGGGAAAAUAAUUUUACACAUGUAUCAUCGUCGUUUUAUUGCCCAGUCCUAGAAAGGGGAUUUAUUUGGGGGGUGGGGUCUCACAUGGUUCCUGGCCCCCCCAGCAGUGUUGGUGGUCCAAAAGCCCAGGACACGACCCUGCCUGUUAGCUGGUCCAUGAGUUAGUAGACUGGUGGGUCCAUGAUAAACAGAGGGUUCUGGGACGGUCUCAGUGAGAGACAGAGACCUGCAGGUCUACAGUUAGACCACUUCUCAGGACUGUGUGUGACCAUGUAGACCCCAGCCUCUGUAGUCCAUGUGGACCCCCAUCAGAGUCCUCUCCUCUCCUGAUAGAUCUUUGAUUAGGGAGGACUUUCAUGAACAGGAUCAGAAAAACAGGGUCCAAAACCCGGUUUUCCUUCAUGGUCUAGAUCAGUGGUUCUUAACUGGUCUCACUCUGGGACCCACAUUUUCCCAUGAUCCUUCAGUCACGACCCACUUUUAUAAAAUUCAAACCAAGAACAUUAAUUCAUUAUAAAAAAUCUUUGACAUGAAUUCACUGUUUUUAUUGAAUGAACUGAAGUUUGGUGUACAGAAAAUAUCAAAUCACCAAAAAUGGAGACCAGGACCAUGAAAAAAACAUUCAGAACAUAAUCAGAAGAACCACAUUAAACAAAAUAAAGACCUUAAAAAAAACAUGAAUUUAGUUUUACUGCAUCAGGCCACAAUAAUAAGAAACCGAGGAGGACCACGACAUAACAAAUGCCUUUCAAAAUAAGAUAUUUUUCAGAAUAAAAGACAUGUCAAACAUCAGCUGAGCAUCAAAUAUUUUUUAUUUUGACCAGCUGUUCGCGACCCAUCCAGAACGUGUCUGCGACCAGCUUUUGGGUCGGGACCCACCAGUUGAGAACCACUGAGCAAAGUCUAAAGUUAUAUUUGAAGAUCAGGAGUUUGAUAGAAGUAUGAAGAUGAAGAUGAAGAUGAAGGACGUUCUUCUGUCUGAGGUUCAAACGCAGGUGUCCAGGUGAUAAACCAUGAUGCUCUCUCCUCUCUGUGUUUCAGUGGUCCUGAUCGGAGACUCGGGGGUGGGCAAAAGUAACCUGCUGUCUCGUUUCACCCGGAACGAGUUUAACCUGGAGAGUAAGAGCACCAUCGGAGUUGAGUUCGCCACGCGCAGCAUCCAGGUGGACGGGAAGACGGUCAAGGCCCAGAUCUGGGACACGGCCGGUCAGGAGCGCUACCGAGCCAUCACAUCAGCGUGAGUACAGAGGAGGGGGUCUGAGGGCCCCCCCAGACUACAGCGGACCCGUUUAGGGCAGCAUUCACCUUUAGUCAGAGAGUCUGCACAUCAGUAGGGAAGGAAAACAGCCUUUUCUGAGAACAUCAACCGGUAAUUUAUUGACGGUCCCUUAUUCAACACCGACGUUGACAGUGAGGGUGUCGAGUAGAUUUAACCGCGCUGCUGUUGUUAUUCCCGGUUAUGGAGAGUGAGAAGACACCGGUAGAUCCUCAGAGAAUGUCCGUCAGAUAUCCAACCUGAAACUAACUUCACCGCCGUAUUUACAGGAAAAUAUAUCCAACCUGAAACUAACUUCACCGCCGUAUUUACAGGAAAAUAUAUCCAACCUGAAACUAACUUCACCGCCGUAUUUACAGGAAAAUAUAUCCAACCUGAAACUAACUUCACCGCCGUAUUUACAGGAAAAUAUAUCCAACCUGAAACUAACUUCACCGCCGUAUUUACAGGAAAAUAUAUCCAACCUGAAACUAACUUCACCGCAGUAUUUACAGGAAAAUAUAUCCAACCUGAAACUAAAUUCACCGCCGUAUUUACAGGAAAAUAUAUCCAACCUGAAACUAACUUCACCGCCGUAUUUACAGGAAAAUAUAUCCAACCUGAAACUAACUUCACCGCCGUAUUUACAGGAAAAUAUAUCCAACCUGAAACUAACUUCACCGCCGUAUUUACAGGAAAAUAUAUCCAACCUAAAACUAACUUCACCGCCGUAUUUACAUGUGGAUUUCAGCUCUGACGUUGAUGUUUCAGUGGUGUGUUUCUGAACCUCUCCUGUAACGGGGUCUGCAGGUAUUACCGCGGGGCAGUCGGAGCGCUCCUGGUCUACGACAUCGCCAAACAUCUAACCUAUGAGAACGUGGAGCGCUGGCUGAAGGAGCUGAGGGAUCACGCCGACAGCAACAUCGUCAUCAUGCUGGUGGGCAACAAGAGCGACCUGCGUCACCUCCGAGCCGUUCCUACUGACGAGGCUCGGGCUUUCGCAGGUAAGACAGAUCCCCGGUUAUUUUCGUGUGUGUGUGAGGAACCAGGCUGUGGAUGUUCUUGGACUGAAUCUGGUUCUGAAAUCCAGACGGCUCCUCACUUGUGGUCUGGUCUGACUCUCAGCUGUUUAUGGAGCUGAUGCUGCCCCGCCCUUUUUCCUGCGUUUAACUUUGACCGUUUCCUUCCCCUCAGGAGAGUCUGAGCAGGUUUACCACCUGCAUCCUGACAAAACAACAACAACAACAGCAGCAGCAGUGAAAAGGACAGAGAGUCUAUAAGAAGAUUUAAGACGUUAAAGUAGAAACUUGUUCUGAUCAUAGACGGGUCAGAGAUUUAUUAACGUCCAAACUGAACUCUGAUGGUCACUGAGACUGGAAACAAAAGAGAGUGAAUAUAUGUCAGAGAAAGUCCAAAUAACCACUUUAAAGUCCGAGUUUCACUGAGAAAUUCAACAAACUCAUCAGAGGUUUGGUUUUAGUCUGUGAGGUCUUUGACUGAGGGUCAGGGUCUGUUUCAGGGUCUGUUUGUAUCUCAUUCCAAGUGUUUGAGAGACAAUAGGGUGACCCUGAGUGUCCUAAAAGGUGCCCUUUAUAGAAAAAAGUAUUAUUAUUAUUAUUUAGUUAUUAUUAUUAUAAUUAUUACUAUUAUUAUUAUUGUUAUUAUUAUUUAGUUAUUAUUAUUAUUAUUUAGUUGUUAUUAUUAUUAUUAUUAUUUAGUUAUUAUUAUUAUUAUUUAGUUGUUAUUAUUAUUAUUAUUAUUUAGUUAUUAUAAUAAUAAUGAUAAUGAUAAUAAUAAUAAUUAUUAUUAUUAUUAUUAUUAUUUAGUUAUUAUUAUUAUAAUUAUUACUAUUAUUAUUAUUAUUAUUAUUAUUAUUAUUAGUUAUUAUUAUAAUUAUUACUAUUAUUAUUAUUAUUAUUAUUAUUAUUUAUUAUUAUUAUAAUUAUUACUAUUAUUAUUAUUACUAUUAUUAUUAUUAUUAUUAUUAUUAUUAUUAUACUUUUAUUAUUAUUAUUUUUAUUUUUAUUAUUAUCAUGGAUGAAUUUUACUUUUUAUUUACAUUUGAAGUGAAGUGCUGCACAAUCAUGCCUCACAGCUGGGGUUGCUGCAGACUCCUCUCUCUCUCUCUCUCUCUCUCUCUCUCUCUCUCUCUCUCUCACUCUCACUCUCACUCUUUAACCCCCCGUAUCUCCAUGGUAACCGGUUCAUACCGGUCUGUUAUCUGAGGAAUGUCACAUAUUUGGUUUUGGGUUAACUUCGUUUUCUGUUGCAGAGAAAAACGGUUUAUCUUUCCUGGAGACAUCGGCUCUGGACUCCACCAACGUCGAGACGGCCUUCCAGACCAUUCUGACGGGUCAGUACCACCGGGUCCAAACGGUCCUUAUCUUCACACAGAGACAAACCUGCAGGUUCUGCUGUCCUCUCUCUAAGAUGUCAGUCAGCUCCUGGUUCUGAACUUUGUAAAGUCAGGUUGUCUGAGCGGCUCGUCUGUGAGGAGUGUCCGGUCUUCUGAUCACAAGUCACAUGACUAACUGCAGUCACAUGACUAACCACAGAGAUAACUGUGUUAGUGUGACAACGGAGAGAUCAUUAACUCCGUAAAACUUCAUGUCUCCAGGAUAUAAAAAUGGACUUCCUCCUCUUUACCCUCCGUGGUUCAGUCUCCUCGGAUCAGGACUGACAGAGGGUUUAGUCUCUGAGGUCUAGUCUUUGACGGAGGGUUUAGUCUCUGAGGUUUAGUCUCUGAGGUCUAGUCUUUGACGGAGGGUUUAGUCUCUGAGUGGGGGUUUAGUCUCUGAGGUCUAGUCUUUGACGGAGGGUUUAGUCUCUGAGGUCUAGUCUCUGAGGUUUAGUCUCUGAGGUUUAGUCUCUGACAGAGGGUUUAGUCUCUGACGGGGGGUUUAGUCUCUGAGGUUUAGUCUCUAAGUGGGGGUUUAGUCUCUGAGGUUUAGUCUCUGAGGUUUAGUCUCUGAGUGGGGGUUUAGUCUCUGAGGUCUAGUCUCUAAGUGGGGGUUUAGUCUCUGACAGAGGGUUUAGUCUCUGAGUGGGGGUUUAGUCUCUGAGGUUUAGUCUCUGAGGUUUAGUCUCUAAGUGGGGGUUUAGUCUCUGAGGUCUAGUCUCUAAGUGGGGGUUUAGUCUCUGACAGAGGGUUUAGUCUCUGAGUGGGGGUUUAGUCUCUGAGGUUUAGUCUCUGAGGUUUAGUCUCUGAGGUUUAGUCUCUGAGUGGGGGUUUAGUCUCUGAGGUUUAGUCUCUGAGGUUUUGUCUCUGAGGUUUAGUCUCUAAGUGGGGGUUUAGUCUCUGAGGUCUAGUCUCUGAGGUUUAGUCUCUGAGUGGGGGUUUAGUCUCUGAGGUUUAGUCUCUGAGGUUUAGUCUCUGAGUGGGGGUUUAGUCUCUGAGGUUUAGUCUCUGAGGUCUAGUCUCUGAGGUUUAGUCUCUGACGGGGGGUUUAGUCUCUGAGGUUUAGUCUCUGAGGUUUAGUCUCUGAGGUCUAGUCUCUGAGGUCUAGUCUUUGACGGAGGGUUUAGUCUCUGAGGUCUAGUCUCUGAGGUCUAGUCUCUGAGGUCUAGUCUUUGACGGAGGGUUUAGUCUCUGGGGGGGCAGAGCUGCUUCAAACUCUGAGUCCCUCCGUUCUCUCGUCCUCUCUCUCUCUCUGUAACUUCAGAGCUCCACCUGCUGUUGUUUGCUGGAAUUACAUUAAAAAGAGUUUGACUUUAAAGACAGGAAGUGGGAUGUUUGGAGACAGGAAGUGGGAUGUUUGGAGACAGGAAGUGUAGUUUUUGAUGUUGUGAUGUGAGUGACCCUGGACUUUCCUAUGAGGUUUUUAAUUCAUGUUUACACCCCUUCCCUCCCCCUUUCUCCCUCCCCCCUCAGAGAUCUACCGUAUCGUCUCCCAGAAGCAGAUGUCGGAGCGUCAGGAGAGCGACAUGUCGCCUAGCAACAACGUGGUCAACAUCCAGGUGCAGCCCACUGAGAACAAACCAAAGAUGCAGUGCUGUCAGAACAUCUAGCCCGCUACGGAUCUGCUGCCCCCCCAAACCCCCUUACCCACAGCCCCACCCCCCCCACCCCCACCCCGCUCACAGCUCCUCAAGCCCCGCCCCCUCAGAGAAGAGACUGCCUCGUUGUACUAUGUGGUGUGUGAGGGAGGAGCCACAGCUCUGCACCUACCUGUACCUGCCCCCCCCCCCACUCCUCACCCUGACCCCGCCCCCCCCCCGCCCUGGUAAAUAUAUCCCAGUAUAAAAGUCACCGUGUGGGGUGGCCCCCCCCCGCCCCAGCAGAGCCCCCCCUCAGGAGCGCAGGCAGCAGGCAUUUCAUAUCACUUUAGAUUUCAUUACUGUAGAUGCGCUGAGUCACGAAAAUGUCUUAAUAUAUGAAUGUGAUGAUGAUGAUGAUGAUGAUGAUGAUGAUGAUGAGUUUUCUUCUUCUUCUUCUUCUGUCCGCUCCUCCACCUUUUCUAUCAGCUGUCUGUCUGUCUGUCUGUCUCUCUUAUAUAUCUACUCUUAGGUAUAUAUCAAUUAAAGCACAUCAAGUGUAUUCCUAUAUAUGAGCUGUCAUAUUAGCCCCGCCCCCUCCUCUUUAGUGCAAUGUACUGUUGUGGAAACCACGUGGAUGUACGGCGGAGCGCCACCGUGUAGAGCGGCGGCGUGCUCCGGCCGUGUCAUACCAUGUUGAUCUGAUUGCUGUGAAUAUAAACGCUAGUGAAACGUAGAAACUCGCUUCAGUUGGUGCAGCAGGACGGCCGGCGUGGGCGAGCGAGCGUGCAUGCAGCGGUGUUGUCCCUGUGUUUCCAGCAGGUGGCGCUGUUGGGCUGUGACAGCUUUGCAUGUCUCUGUCGAAGGCUCUCUGCUGAGCUGCAUGUUGAUCAGGUGGACGACUCUGCGGUCUCACCUUUAGAGGGUUUCCCGUGGUCCUGCAGACACGGCGCCGCUCCGACGGCGACGAUCAGAACGCCGUUUUCGUGUUUGAACACAUCGGACAACAACAACAACUAUGCAGAAACUCGCACACGGCUGAUUUCUUUCCUUAGUUAUUAAAUGAAGGACUUGACCCCUCUGUCUGAGGACGGUGAUACUCACUAAUGUUCUGAUCCAAACUCGGUCCAAUGGCGUUGGAGCUUUGCAUGUACGCACAGAGCUGUAGUUCGGACGCUCGGCGGGAUUUCAUGAGGAAGUCAAACUGUUGCACUGAAACCUAAACGGCUGAUUUAGUAAACACGCUUUCUGUUUAGAGUUAGUUUUUACCGCACAUGAAGAAGAAUCUGGACCUCCUCCUUCUCUCAGACUGAAACAGAACCAGAACUCUACAGAACUCGAUCAGUUUCCUUUGGCGCUCUGAGCUGGACUUGGGUCUCCUCCAGGUCCUAGUGCCUCCUCCUCCGCUCACCCUGCAGACACGCCCCUCAUUCACCUGCCAAGAACUCACCUUCACCCGCCUCCCUCUUCAUCAGAACCUUCGCUCCGUCCUCCCCGUGAAGAGACGGACCCGUGUUGACCUGUGUCGACCCGCAUUGACCUGUGUUGACCCGUGUUGACCUGUGUUGACCCGUGUUGACCUGUGUUGACCCGCGUUGACCCACGUUGACCAGCGUUGACCCGCGUUGACCCGUGUUGACUCGUGUUGACCCGCGUUGACCUGUGUUGACCCGUGUUGACCCGCGUUGACCCACGUUGACCCGUGUUGACCUGUGUUGACCCACGUUGACCCGUGUUGACCCGUGUUGACCCACGUUGACCUGUGUUGACCCGUGUUGACCCGCGUUGACCCACGUUGACCCGUGUUGACCCGUGUUGACCCGUGUUGACCUGUGUUGACCCGCGUUGACCCGUGUUGACCCAUGUUGACCUGCGUUGACCCAUGUUGACCUGUGUUGACCCACGUUGACCCGUCACAUUGAGCCUACACACACCGAGCUGCCUCUGACUUCAACACAACGCAUGGCUUUCUCUACGACUGCACUCCACGUCGUAUCGCCUUAUGUAGCUAACAUUACUGUCCAUGAAAUCCGCUGAGGGUUACGCUUGGCGAGCUAGCUAGGAUGAUGCUUAAUCGUGGCGCCCGGCUGACAGACGCCUCGCUAACCUGUGGCUAAAACUCUCCGAGUGUGUGCUCAGUAGAACCUCCAGGUGGUAGCCGUGUCAGUGUGUGGUGGUGUUAGCAGACGUAUACAAUGCCUGACCUUGGUGUGUGUGUGCGUAUGUGUGUGUGUGCGUGUAGAGACAGGGGGUAGAUGGGUAGUUCUGGAGCGGGCGGGCCUGGCUGGCAGUGCCAAUGGCGUUUUUGUUCUAACAGACGGCGCCGGCAGCCGGGCCUCGCCGCCUCACUAGCUGGCGAUCUGUGGACGAGGUGAUUCCUGAUUUCUGAUCCUGUUCAUGUUCCUCCAUUGUUCUGUGUUUUUUUAAGACGUGUGUUUUUUGAUUUCUUUUUUUUUAUAUUCGAUAACUGACUGUAAUUCCAGUGUAAACGUGUAAACGAGUGACAUGAUGUCAUUUCAACGUGAGAGGGGGGUCGACCCGAUGGUUUUAUGUUUGUACAGAUUGAUAAAUUGUACAAUUGUGUCUAUAUCUUAAGUUAUCAGUUCAUCUUAAUAAAGCGCACCAGUCAUAAACCUUUA